AUGGGUUUUUGCCCCUAUAUCGGACCUAGUUUGACCUAUGACCAUGCUUUCAUCCUUCUUCUCUUUCGCUUCCCUCUCAUAUCAGAACCAUCAAGGAUCAUCGGUCUUAAUCAUAGCACGAAUCUCCUUCUUUCACAUCUAAUUUGGGAAGAGGGACAAAUGCGAAGAAAAAUGACCUCUAGAGUCGACUAUAUAACUGAUCUUCCUCAAAGUAUCAUUGAAACCAUACUCACAAAGAUGCCAUUAAGAGAUGCUGGACCCGAGAUAGAUCACUUGCAAACUUAUUUACAAUCCUCCCCUGAUUUAGAUCAAUGGCUGCUUUUCUUAUCAAGAAAAGAUGUUAAAGAAUUGGUUCUUGAAUUAGGUGGCGAGUGGUUUAAAGCACCUACUUGUCUUUUUUCAUGUCAAAAGCUGGUUAAUUUGGAGCUUUUUAGAUGGGCUUUAAACCCUCCAUUAUCUUUUAAAGGAUUCCCAUAUUUAAAACACCUUAGCUUUCAACAAGUUCUUGUUGGUUCAGAAGCUCUUCAGAAUCUUAUCACUGGUUGCAUUCUUCUUGAAACAUUGAAUUUAUCGUAUUAUGAUAGCUUAGAACUUACAAUUUGUUCACCAAAUCUAAAGUUUUUAAUCUUGGAAGGUGAGAUUAAAGACAUAUUUCUUAAAUAUGCUCCAAAAUUAGUUGCUAUAACUGUUUCCAUGUAUAUGACCGAUGAUUUAGCCCAACAUUUCGGUCAAAGUUCAGGUUGUAAGUUUGACAAGUUUCUUGGAAACUUACCUUCUCUUCAAAGACUCAUUGGUAGAAGUUAUUUUACAGAAUAUAUGAGUAUAGGUAACAACACCUUUGGAAAAACAGAGAUGAAGUAUGGUAAGCUUAAGUUCAUUGAGCUCUCUCAAGUAAGCUUUGAGCACAUGAAAGAAUUAAAAGUUGUUCUUCGAUUGAUUCUAAAUUCUCCAAAUCUUGAAGAACUUCAAAUUGCUGGUUCAUCGAAUUCAUCAUCUGCAAGAGAAGCUCCGGAUUUGGAUUUUUGGGAGAAGGAAUGUGAGUUUGAGUGCAAAUUUGAACAUUUGAAGAUGGUGAAAAUGAUGGAUAUGUCUGGAGUUCCACAUGAAAUUGGAUUCAUAGGAUUUAUGCUUGGAAAUUCGCCUGUUCUUGAGACUAUGAGCAUCACCCCAAGUGUGUAUAUGACUGAGGACAGAUUAAAGUUUUUGAUUGAGUUAACAAAGUUUAAACGAGCAUCAUCAGAAGCUGAAAUGAUAUUUGUUCAAGAUUAGGGGUGAAUCUUGUCCAUUUAUAUGAAUUUCUCAAUCUCUUAUGACUUGUAUUUUCAUGUAACAGGUUCCAACCUUAGUUCUACUAUUUGAAAUUUUUUAAGGAUGUUACAUGUUUUCUCAUAUCUUUGGUGAGAUAUUUCCACAUCAGCUUUUGUGAUGAUAUAAGUUCACAUAUAGAAGAUUGUUUUCACGUAUGGAUUUUGGUCUUGAGGAAGAAGCAACGUAGUUGUAGGUUUCAUGAGAAGGUUCGGGGUGGAAGUUGCAUGUUUGAUGUAUUGCGUCUCGUUUCA